AUGGCAUUCCCCACAACGCACCUGACGCUCCCCGAGCAGUGCACGCAGGUGGUCUUGUUGACGACAGUGGACGCUGUCAGUGCCACGUACGUGUCUGCACUCGCCACUUCCCCCCUGGUGCCGCAGAACUGCCGUGUGGUGGUGUGGAAUGUCCCACCGACAGCAACGCCGAAUUCGAUGCAGGAAGGGCACUCCAACGAGAGCUCCUCUGUUCCUUCUGAUGCUGCAGCCGCCGCGCCGCCCUCCCCAACUUCCGAUCGCGCGAGCGCUGCGACGGGUAUGGGGCAGGCGGCGUUCGCAACGGCGCUGACGCAAAUUGCGGCGAAGAUGCGCGAGCGUCGUGCGCCGCGUCCGGUAGCAACCGUGACACACAUGACUCAGUUCUUCUACGGCGGUGUGUCACCCAAAGUGGAAGAAAUUGGACCGAUGAUGCGACGGAUCGACGUGCGCCACCACCCGAGCACAGACGUGCCCGCUGCAAUCGCCGCGGGUGUACUGGCGGUGGAGGACUCGGUGUUUGUUCUAGUGCUUAACGCGCAGUCUCUCGGCACCGACACGGCAGCCGCGCUGCAGCCGUAUGAGACAUUCCUGCGUGCGGUGUGGGGGGUAAACCCACACCUCACUGUUGCGGCUCCUGCACCUCGUCGCCCGCCUUCUUCUUCCUCACCUCCCGACUCCGUUCCUCGGAAGCGGCAAGGCAGUCUUGUUGUUCUUGCUGAUGAAGUCUACCGUGCGGCUGCGUGUGCCAUGGUCAAGACUGUCGCAGCGGAGGUGUCGACCUCGGUGGAGUGGUUUGUGCAGCUCGCCUACGUACACGCCAUGGACCCGCCGGCGCUUGAGUUCGGCGCCACCGAAGUCGCGGUGGAGGGCCCCGCGGGAAUCUCGCACGGGGGUGCGCUGCCGGUGCUGUGCGCGACGAACGUGCUGGGGGUGCUCCGUCACUUCCCUGUCAGCCGCAGUGAGCCAGCCACCAUCACGCCUGUCGAUGUUGCCCUCAAUGCAGCGCUGCUGGGGCAUAUCUUUCUGCGGUGCGGCGAACUCCCCGAGUGCAGCGACGACUUUUCUGACUUGGCAACAACCGGAAAGGGUCACGGCACACGGACGUCGGCGCAACCCACGCGUCAUCACAUGGCGUCUUUCGCUAUCGCCGAAUCUCACAAACCAGCAGAGGCGUCGCUGGUGUGGGGUAUGUUUGGCGAGUAUUUGAUGGGCUACUAUGGACGCUUUGCGAAGCACAUCUGUGCGGCCUUCCCUGUGGCUGGCGUGGUCACACCUGCUCCGAUUUUGCAGUUUCCAUUUAGCCUGCAGGACGUCGUGAACUUCGGACCCGAGCCGCGAUGCCCGACCUACCUUCUGGAAGGAUGGCGUGCUUAUCAGCAGCGUCAGCGUGUCACGGACGACUUCCACGGUGCAGAGAUGACACGCAAGAUGCAAGCGUGUGUGCAUCAGCUGGACGACACCUUGAACAGCAUCACCAGCGCUGCUCGUGCCGCGGCUGCGCAGAAAAAGGCCGUCAUUGCAGCUACUGCCCUCCGCCGGCGUGCGUCCUCGUCUUCGUCCUUUGCCUUGCCUCCUUACUGCCUCGACGACUUCAACGUUCCCGUUUACCAGUAUAUGCUGCGCCGCCUCACGAUGCACUACUCCCUCAUGCCCUACCACCAGUGUGUGGCGUUGACGGAGGUAGACUGGGAGGCCUACAUCUCCGUCAUCGCGAGAUCCGUCUUGGUGCAUCUCGCCAGCUCCGUUUUGCAGCGCGCACAGGAGGAGCCGUCAUCGCAGGUUCGCCGUCUCGCUGGUGCGCCGGGGGUCGACAUUGCAAGCAUUGCAGGCGUGAAGCCCACGGCGGUUGUAGCAGACCCCAACAGCACCGCACCAGCCUCUGUCGUGGAGGGCGCUUUGGCAAAGCCACCCUCCGAUGCAGCCGCAACGGUGCCAUUCGGUUUUCCCGAGCCGCGGCGCAGCUUCACAAACGACUUCAUCUACCGCGGUGAGGAGCGCAUCCCACCCUUUCCCUCUCUCACGCGGCGGUACUUCCCUUGCGCCACUUUUCUGCACCGCACCGCACUGACCUCGAACGGCUGGCGUACCGACAUAACACCCGGUAUGACCCCCAAAACGAUGGCCGCCAUUCUCGCGCAGCCGCAUCUUCAACGGCUUAUGACAGCCCUCGCGGCCAGAGACGGCGCGACCAAGGCGGAGGUGGAGGCGCAGGCAAAACGGAUUCUUCUCGUCGCUGGUGACACCUUGAACCACCCACAGUGUCGUGUGAUGGGGCUGACGGUGCGUGAGAUCUUCAAGUGCAUGUACCAGCGCAUGAGCGUCAACCACGGUGCCUUUGAGCGUAUGCACCGGCAGCUGGAAAUGCCGCGUGUGGCGAUGGUGUACGUACCGCUGCAUCGGUCGUACGUGGACUUUCUCAGCUUGUCUUUGUUGUUGGCCGAGAUGCAGUCGCCCCUCCCCCACAUUGUGGCUGGCGAUGGAUUUCUGAGUUUGGGUCCGCUUGCGACGCUGAUGCGUGGCAGCGGUGCCUUCUUCAUCCGUCGCACUUUCCGCGGCGACGCCCUCUACACGGCACUCUUCAAAGAGUAUGUUCGGCAGCUGAUGCUGAGUCAUCGCCCGAUGGAGUUUUUCAUUGAAGGCACGCGCAGCCGCACCGGCAAGACAAUGACGCCAAAGAAGGGCAUCUUGAAGUUCGUCUGCGACACCUUCUUCGAUCCGUCGCAGCGAGAACUCGACGACGUACUUUUUAUUCCCGUGAGUCUCUCGUAUGACGAACUGCUCGAGGCGACCAUGUACGCGAAGGAGCUGCUGGGCGUCCCGAAGCCGAAGGAGAACCUUGCAAACUUUUUCAAGGCUAGCAGUACGCUGAAGCGCGUGCACGGGAGCAUCCACCUGCACCUCGGGGACGCGAUUUCGCUGCGGUCACUGAAGGAGCACCCGCGACAGUGUCCGCUACCGUACCAGCCCAAAACUGAGUCAAUCGACGCGACGCAGGUGGGCCAGGUGCCAAGUGCCGGUGGCGCGACACCAGCUGCCCGCUCCACGGCCGGCACCGAGGUGCGUGCAGGCGACCUGCCAUCGCGUGAGUCUUUGCCGCUCCACACGACACCGACCAUCAUCAAGCUGGACUCGCCAACGCCGCUGUCCAUCCUCAACAGCGUUGCGUGGCACCUGACGUACCAGCUGCAGCGCAACAUUGUCAUCACCCCCGCCAGCAUGGUCGCCGCGCUCCUCGAGUGCCUCAGCCCUUACUACUACACAAGGACGCCCAGAGUUGAAGGGGGAGGGAAGGACGCUGGCGCGGUCUCGGCGGGGGCAACGGCGACGACUUCUUCCUCUCCCUCCACUUCCGUCGCGACCGUCGACGCAGCGCAGUCGUCAAGCGAAGCUGCUGGUGUUCCGCUACCUGUGAUGGAGCAGGGUGUGACGUGGCUGCGUGGAAUUCUGUUGGAGCGGGGCGCCCGUCUCUGCGUGGAGGCCGCUACGUGGAGCGCAGACCGUGUGGUGAAGACGGCGCUGGGCAACCUCUGCGCCUUCGCGCACCUGACGAACAGCAUGUCAACAGUGUCCUACCAGCAGCCUGACAACGUUGUGACCCGCCUCGGGUUGAACAUCAGCACGAAUCAGCUCAUCCAUGUCUGCAUCGACGAGGCGCUCGUGGCGGUGGUCGCGCAAGCCUUCGGCACGCCGACGAUGCCUCAUCACCCGCCCACGGCGGAGCGCGCGACGGUGUGUGGCACCCUCGCGGUGAAGUCCGAUGUUUUGGCGAAUCACUCGCAGCUCCUGCAGCGCCUGCUGUCUACCGAGUUCCCCAACUACGCGGCGAGCUCGCCAGUGAGCUUCGCCUCAUGGCUGGAGUGCACGGUGAGUCGUCUGCAGCGUCAUCAGCCAUCGGCGGCCGCCGUCGCAGCCGCAGCGCAGCGGGCAUCUGCCUCUGCCGGAGAAGCAGCGCCGCCUGACAGCCACGGCCCUUUCACUAGUCUGCCUGUCACGGAGUACUAUUACUUUCUGCUGCAGCUCAUCUGCCCACACAUCGAGGCGCUCUACGCCGUGCUCCUCACGUCACUGACCUUGUUAAACGCAUUCCCUGGUCUGCCGCUUGGCGCUGCGGACGUCGUCAGCACCACGCAGAAGGCGUGUCGCUCCUUGUACGAGGAGCAUCAGCUCAACUACGCCGUCACCGCUAACAAGGAAACGCUGCAGCACUAUUACGAGAGUCUCGUUUCGCUUUCCGUGCUGCAGCUGGGUCGUUUUUCGCCACCGCCCUCGCCACCCGCGACGACCGAUACGAAGAAGAAGAGCCCACCGAGCCAAGGCAUUGUGACGUACAAGGUGGGUGAGCUUGGUCAGGCAAAGGCGCUGGAGCGACUGGAUGUGUUGGCGUCGCAGGUACAGAAGUUCCUCUGGUACCCCGGCGUGGAAGCAAAGGGUGCGGUGAACGCGGAUGUGGUGAGGGAGCGGGUGCUGAAGGUGUACCGUCAGCUCACUCAACCCUCGAAAAUCUAA